AAAUCAGGAAUGGAAACCUCAAGGCCAUUCUAGGCCUCUUCUUCAGCCUCUCCCGGUACAAGCAGCAGCAGCAGCAGCCCCAGAAGCAGCACCUCUCCUCACCCUUGCCUCCUGCCGUGUCCCAGGCGGCUGGGACCCCCUCCCAGUGCCAGGCUGGCACUCCUCAGCAACAGGGGCCAGCCACUCCCCAGGCCCCGUGCCAGCCUCACCAGCCAGCACCGCAUCAGCAGUCCAAAGCACAAGCUGAGAUGCAGUCCAGUGUGUCACCCAAGGAGUCAUCUCAAAGCAAAAUCAUCCGCUUCACUCUGGGCCAGAAAAAGAUCUCUAGACUUCCAGGUCCUACCAUGAGGGUAUCCGCUGCAGGCAGCGAGGCCAAAACACGUGGAGGGUCAGCCACUGCUAAUAACCGACGGAGCCAGAGCUUUAACAACUAUGACAAGUCUAAACCAGUCACCUCCCCACCCUUGCCCCCAACGCCAAGCAGCCAUGAGAAAGAGCCAUUGGCAAGCUCAGCCUCCUCCCACCUCGGAAUGAACGAAAAUGCACCUGCUUCCUUGGAGAGCGGCAGCAGCUCCACCCCCGCUAAUUGCAGUGCCUCCUCGGCCAUCCCGCAGCCCAGCGCGGCCUCCAAGCCCUGGCGUAGCAAGUCCCUCAGCGUGAAGCACAGUGCCACAUCGGCCAUGCUCUCAGUCAAGCCGCCCGGGCCCGAGGCCCCCAGGCCCACACCCGAAGCCGUGAAGCCAGCCCCCAACAAUCAGAAGUCCAUGCUGGAAAAGCUAAAACUUUUCAACAGUAAAGGGGGAUCCAAGGCGGGUGAGGGCCUGAGGUCCCGGGACACAAGCUGUGAGCGGCUGGAGGUUCUGCCCAGCUUUGAGGAGAGCGAGGAGCUGGAGGCUUCCGGGCGCACCCCCUCCACAUUGGGCCCCGUAGCCAGCAGCCCCAAGAUUGCGCUCAAGGGCAUUGCCCAGAGGACUUUUAGCCGGGCUCUGACCAACAAGAAGAGCUCCCCAAAAGGCAACGAGAAAGAGAAGGAAAAACAGCAGCGUGAAAAGGAAAAGGAGAAAAGCAAGGACCUCACCAAGAGAGCCUCGAUGACAGACAGGCCGGACCUCAAGGAAGAGCCGAAAGAAGACCCCAGUGGAGCAGCCAUGACCGAGAUGCCAAAAAAGUCCUCCAAGAUCGCCAGCUUCAUCCCCAAAGGGGGGAAGCUCAAUAGUGCCAAGAAGGAGGCUGCAGCCCCUUCCCACAGUGGAAUACCAAAACCAGGAAUGAAGAGCAUGCCCGGGAAAUCCCCAAGUGCCCCAGCACCUUCCAAGGAAGGGGAGCGGAGCCGGAGCGGGAAGCCGAGCUCGGGGCUCCCCCAGCAGAAGCCCCAGCUGGACGGCAGACACUCCAGUUCCUCCUCUAGCCUGGCGUCCUCAGAAGGAAAAGGCCCAGGUGGGACCACCUUGAACCACAGCAUCAGCAGCCAGACCGUCAGUGGGUCGGUCGGGACCACCCAGACCACAGGAAGCAAUACCGUCAGUGUUCAGCUACCUCAGCCCCAGCAGCAAUACAACCAUCCCAACACUGCCACGGUCGCACCUUUUCUGUACAGGUCCCAGACGGACACUGAAGGGAAUGUUACUGCCGAGUCCAGCUCAGCGGGUGUGAGCAUGGAGCCCAGCCACUACACCAAGAGUGGACAGCCUGUUUUGGAAGAACUCACUGAAGAUCCUGAGGCUCGGCGGCUGCGGACAGUGAAGAACAUUGCUGAUCUGCGGCAGAAUUUGGAGGAGACUAUGUCUAGUUUACGUGGAACUCAGGUUACACACAGCACAUUGGAAACUACAUUUGACACCAAUGUCACCACGGAGAUAAGUGGCCGCAGCAUCCUCAGCUUGACAGGGAGACCUACUCCUCUGUCCUGGAGACUUGGCCAGUCUAGCCCUCGGCUCCAGGCAGGAGAUGCUCCCUCGAUGGGCAACGGGUACCCGCCUCGAGCCAAUGCUAGCCGGUUCAUCAACACUGAGUCGGGUCGCUACGUGUAUUCUGCCCCUCUGAGAAGACAGCUGGCUUCCAGGGGCAGCAGCGUCUGCCACGUGGAUGUCACAGAUAAGACAGGGGAUGAGAUGGACCUGGAGGGCAUCAGCCUGGACGCCCCUGGCUACAUGAGUGAUGGGGAUGUCCUGAGCAAGAACAUCCGGACUGAUGACAUCACAAGCGGGUAUAUGACUGAUGGUGGACUUGGCCUCUAUACCCGUCGCCUGAAUCGGCUCCCUGAUGGGAUGGCUGUGGUGCGGGAGACCCUGCAACGAAAUACCUCCCUGGGCCUUGGAGAUGCUGACAGGUAA